UAUUCAUUCUAGUAUCAUGUAGUAGCCUAAACUUAUCAAUGUUACACUGAGCUGGGUGACUGGAAUAUUAAUCAAUCAUCCAAUUAAACGGCACCGACCACCACUUGAAUAUGACCACAUUAAUGCCAAAUCCCUGCAUCACUAAUACAGGCUCUCAUACAUGUGUAGAAGGCCUUCAACUGCUGGUGAGCUGGAGGAUUCUCACCAAGGUGUCAGAAACUAGAUUAAAACCAUGACCACUAUGAGGAAGUGAUGCUAUAGUGGUGAAUAGAGAUGCUGCUGUAUGGUGAGAAACUCAUAGUGCUGAGACACUCUGACAGAGGAAAGAGACAGAGAAAUAUACACACACAGAGACAGAGAGAGACAGAGAGAGACAGAGAGAGAGAGAGAGAGAGAGAGAGAGAGAGAGAGAGAGGAUCAUGGCUGACAUCUAUCAAUCAUUUUUGGGAUUGCUUGUGACCGUUUUGUACCUACUAACAGGUGUCAGUGGAGAAACUCUCUCUAUGUUCUCCAGAGUGGGAGAUAAUGUCAGUCUGCCGUGUAACAAUGUGGUUUAUCCAGACUGUUCCUCAACCACAUGGAUCUAUAACAGAGCUGGAUCUACUCGUACUAUUCAAGAGGUCAGAUUGGGGAAGAUCGAAGUUGACCAGACAGAGAGAGCAGACAGACUGAGAUUAGGGAUUAACUGUUUUCUACAUGUUAGUGAUGUCAGAGCUGAGGAUGUUGGACUCUACACCUGUCGACAGUUCCUUACAGAGAAUGGACCACAACAUGAAGGUGAUGCUCAGGUUGAAUUGUCUGUUCUAACUAUCUCCUCUACCACAGCAGUGACAGAUCUGAAGCCUAAUGUAAAUAUGACAUUACGGUGUUCUCUGCUCACCGAUACGCAACAUGGAACCUGCUGGUCAGGAUUUAGUCUCAGCUGGGUCCCUAAAUCAGGUACUAAUGCCCAGGACACACAGGAUUCUUCCUGUGACAUCACUCUGACUGUGACACUCCAGAAGAAGGACAACAACAGGAAGUGGACGUGCACACUGACUGAAAAGGGAAACAUGAAGAUCUCCAUUGACUUCACCUCCACAUUCUCAGAUAUUGAAGAAAGGACCACUGAUAGUGAUGAUGUCAUCUCUACUGUCCCAGGAAGUACAGCCUCUACUACAAGACCAGCCUUGUCAACCACCUCCCCAUCUUCUGCUGGCUCUCAGAACCUCUUCCUCACGGUGACUGUAGGAUUGGCUUUGGCAGCAGCGUUGUGUGUCACUGCUGCUGUCAUCAUAGUACGCAGGAGGAGAGACAAGAAUCAAGUGCCAACUGAUAACAGCAUUGGUCUGAAUGCAGUAAACCACUCCACCCCACCAACCAAUGAGGACCAGAGUCAACCUGCUGACAGAAUCACCUAUGCCUCCAUUGACCACCUCAAUCAAAAUCCCCCUCAUAGAGUUAACGCCAACAGUAAAGAUGCAGUGAUGUAUGCCUCAGUUAUGCCCUCUUCUGGCAGAGGGAGAGAGACAGAGAACCCUGCUGACCCCAGCUCCCUCUACUCCACUGUCUCCAAGUAACCUCAGGGAGACAAGACAUCAAUAUAUAUCAAUAUAUAUCAAUAUAUAUAUAUAUAUAUAUAUAUAUAAAGACAUCAACAUGAAGACCACACUCUCUCAUUCAUACCCUGAUUCCAGACCUGAUUUGAUUCUAGGAACAGAGAUUUUGGUGCUAUUAAAAGGGACAAUCUGCACUAGUUACAUCAAUUUCUGGACAUAUUAAUUAAUGAUAUGCACCCAUUGACUCUAGAUAAAUAAAACGUAGAAAUGCCUCAUGAGUUUAGUUAAACUGUCAUAACCCAUCAGAACCCAAAAUAUAUGCUUGUUUUACUCCAAUGUUUGUAAAACAAAUGAAAUGUAAAAAAACACAAUGUAUAGCCUCAAAACAUGGUUUAAACUAUAAUGUUGAUAUCAUGGAUGGCCAGUCCUUGCAUCCAUAGCUGUCUAUGAAUUUAAGAGUGGUUACAUUUCUCCUACCCCAUCCCUCAGAUUUUUAGCAAAACAGUGGAGGGGAGUGUGCUUUGUUACUGUUUCAACUGCUGAUUGCUGCUUUAAGAUGUGUAUAUUUUAUUGAUAUAGACCAGUGAGAUAAGAGACUGGAAAAGUGGAAGAGUUUGAGAAACAAAAGGGCAUGAUUCAGAUUCACUCAUGCUGACUCUGGUAGCCCAGGCUGUAAAGUGCAUUCUGGGAAGUAUUCAGACUUGUUCCGCAUUUUGAUAAGUUACAGCCUUAUUCUAAAAUUGGUUAAAUCAUUUUUUUCCUCAUAAAUCUACACACAAAACCCCAUAAUGACAAAGAAGAAACUGUUUUUUAGACAUUUUUGCAAAGUUAUAUAAACUCGGCAAAAAAAAAAAAGCCCUCUCAUUGUCAACUGCGUUUAUUUUCAGAAAACUUAACAUGUGUAAAUAUUUGUAUGAACAUAACAAGAUUCAACAACUGAGACAUAGACUGAACAAGUUCCACAGACAUGUGACUAACAGAACUGGAAUCAUGUGUCCCUGAUCAAAGUGGGGGGGUCAAAAUCAAAAGUAACAGUCAGUAUCUGGUGUGGCCACCAGCUGCAUUAAGUACUGCAGCAGUGCAUCUCCUCCUCAUGACCUGCACCAGAAUUACCAGUUAUUGCUGUGAGAUGUUACCCCAAUCUUCCAGCAAGGCACUUGCAAGUUCCUGGACAUCUCUGGGGGGAAUGGCCAUAGCCCUCAACCUCCGAUCCAACAGGUCCCAGACGUGCACAAUGGAAUUGAGAUCCGAGCUCUUCGCUGGCCAUGGCAGAUCACUGACAUUCCUGUCUUUCAGGAAAUCACACACAGAACAAGCAGUAUGGCUGGUGGCAUUGUCAUGUUGGAGGGUCAUGUUAGGAUGAGCCUGCAGGAAGGGUACCACAUGAAGGAGGAUGUUUUCCCUGUAACACACAGCGCUGAGAUUGCCUGCAAUGACAACAAGCUCAGUCCGAUGAUGCUGUGACACACCGCCCCAGACCAUGACGGACCCUCCAUCUCAAAAUCGAUCCCACUCCAGAGUACAGGCCUCGGUGUAACGCUCAUUCCUUUGACGAUAAACACGAAUCCGACCAUCACACCUGGUGAGACAAAACGGCAACUCGUCAGAGAAGAGCACUUUUUGCCAGUCCUGUCUGGUCCAGCAACGGUGGGUUUGUGCCCAUAGGCGACGUUGUUGCCGGUGAUUUCUGGUGAGGACCUGCCUUACAACAGGCCUACAAGCCCUCAGUCCAGCCUCUCUCAGCCUAUUGUGGACAGUCUGAGCAGUGAUGGAGGGAUUGUGCAUUCCUGGUGUAUCUCGGCAGUUGUUGUUGCCAUCCUGUACCUGUCCCGCAGUUGUGAUGUACGGAUGUACCGAUCCUGUGCAGGUGUUGUUACACGUGGUCUGCCACUGCGAGAAGCUGUCCGCUCUGUCUCCCUGUAGCGCUGUCUUAGGCGUCUCAUAGUACGUACAUUGCAAAUUAUUACCCUGGCCACAUCGGCAGUCCUCAUGCAUCCUUGCAGCUUGCCUAAUGCAUGUUCAUGCAGAUGAGCAGGGAGCCUGGGCAUCUUUCUUUUGGGUGUUUUUCAGAGUCAGUAGAAAGUUCUCUUUAGUGUCCUACAUUUUCAUAACUGUGAGCUUAAUUGCCUACCGUCUGUAAGCCGUUAGUGUCGACAAUUCCACAGGUGCAUGUUCAUUAAUUGUUUAUGUUUCAUUGAAAAAGCAUGGGAAACAGUGUUUAAUCCCUUUACAAUGAUCUGUGAAGUUAUUUGGAUUUUUACAAAUUAUCUUUGAAAAACAGGUUCCUGAUAAAAGGGACGUUUAAUUUUUUUUGCUUAGUUCCUAAAAAAAGUAUGGAAAUAUCACAUUUACAUAAGUCAAUUCAUACCCUUUACUCAGUACUUUGUUGAAGCACCUUUGUCAGCAAUUACAACCUAUAGUCUUCUUGGGUAUGGCACUGCAAGCUUGGCACACCUGUUUCUCCCAUUCUGCUCUGCAGAUCCUCUCAAGCUCUGUCAAGUUGGAUGGAGAGCAUCGCUUCAAUGCUAUUUUCAGGCUUCUCCAGAGAUGUUCGAUCGGGUUCAAGUCUGGGCUCUGGCUGGGUCACUCAAGGACAUUCAGAGACUCAUCCCGAAGUCACUCCUGCGUUGUCUUGGAUGUGUUCUUAAAGUCGUCGUCCUAAUGGAAGGUGAACCUUUGCUCCAGUCUGAGGUCCUGAGCAGGUUUUCCAUCAAGGAUCUCUCUGUACUUUGCUCCAUUCAUCUUUCCUCGAUCCUGACUAGUCUCUCCAUCCCUGGGCUGAAUAACAUCCCCACAGCAUGCUGCUGACACCACCGUGCGUUACCGUAGGGAUUGUGCAGGUUUCUUCCAGAUGUGACACUUGGCAUUCAUGCCCAAUAGUUCAAACUUGGUUUCAUCAGACAAGAGAAUCUUGUUUCUCAUUUUCAGAGUCCUUUAGGUGCCUUUUGGCAAACUCUAAGGAGGCUGUCAUGUGCCUUUUACUGAGGAGUGGCUUCCAUCUUGCCACUCUACCAUUAAGGCCUGAUUGGUGGAGUACUGCAGAGAUGAUUGUCCUUCUGGAAGGUUCUCUAAUUUCCACAGAUGAUCUCUGGAACUCAGUCAGAGUUACUAUCUGGUUCUUGGUCAUCUCCCUGACCAAGGCCCUUCUCCCUCGAUUGCUCAGUUUGGCCAGGCAGCCAGCUCUAGGAAGAGUCUUGGUGGUUUCAAACUUUUCCCAUUUAAGAAUGAUGGUGGCCACUGUUCUUGGGGAUCUUCAAUGCUGCAGACAUUGUUUGGUACCCUUCCCCAGAUCUGGGCCUCGACACAAUCCUGUCUCGGAGCUCUACGGACAAUUCCUUCAACCUCAUGGCUUGGUUUUUGCUCUGACCUUACAUAGACAGAUGUGUGCCUUUCCAAAUCGUGUCCAAUCAAUUGAAUUUACCACAGGUGGACUCCAAUCAAGUUGUAGAAACAUCUCAAGGAUGACAAUGGAAACAAGAUGCACCUGCUAAAUUUCGAGUCUCAUAGCAAAGGGUCUGAAUUCUUACGUGAAUAAGGUAUUUGUUACAUUUUUUUAUAAAUGUGCAACAAAAUCUAAAUACCUGUUUUUACUUUGUCAUUGUGGGGUAUUGUGUGAAGAUUGAUGAGGAAAAUGUUUUAUUGAAUCCAUUUUAGAAUAAGCCUGUAACGUCACAAAAUAAGAAAAUUGAACGGGUCUGAAUACUUUCACUGUAUACAAGUGAGCCACUGGACCACACAGGCCACUAAAAUAUGUUUUUAAAUACUAGAUGGAUGAGGUAGAACACUGGUGUUAAGUUUUAUUUUAGGAUGAUAGUAGCAUCUUUGCCAAACAUUUAGCUUUGCAGAUAAACUCAUGGCAAUUUUUUUCCUGCAUUUCUCUUGUUUCAAAUUAUAUUGACUACAUUUACAUUUACAUUUAAGUCAUUUAGCAGACGCUCUUAUCCAGAGCGACUUACAAAUUGGAUAUACUUAAUAAAAUGGAAAUCAAUCUUUA